GUUUGAGAUUUUUUUUUUCUCUAGCACAUUCGAACGUGCAGUCAAUGUGCCUAUUGUUUAUUUUGUCAGAAAAAAAAAAGAAAAACUGUGUACAAAGGAAGAGCUUAUCAUGUUUGAACAAGCAGUAAUAAUAACGUAGACACAACGAAAUUAAUCAAAACGGGAAAUGUUAAAUAAUCAAACUGCUACUAAUUAGUGCACCAUGGUCUCAUUUUAUUAAUAUUUGUCUUGAUAUCAAAUCAUCUCAAAACUAUUUUGUGCUUAUUUCCAAAAGAUUACUACACCAUAAAUGACUAACAAACAAGACUUCUAACCACACACACCUUGCUAUAACAAGAAUUAUCAUCACAUCUCUUCGUUAACCAUUGACCUUAGUAUAAUAGUUAAAUGCUAUGGUAUGAAUUAUUAUUAGAUAAGACUGAAUUUUGAGAUCAUGAUAACAUUAUUUUCCAUUUCUAAUGAAUCUUUGACUCUACAUUACAGCUUUUAUUAUAGUAUACAUAAUAUUAAGAGAAUUUCACGUAAGUGGUUUUUGCAUACUAUUUUAUUUACAAACACAUUGUGUAGGAGCUAACAUGCAACCCUCUUAAGGAAUUCCACCAACUAGUGCUGCAAUGGAUUAUGAUAUUAUCUAUUUAUCAUUGCUACAUUCAACCCAAUAGGUUAUGAAUUCAUAGUGGAAGCAAUGGAAGAAAACACAGAGAUAAAGAUAGCCAGGUUUUCUAGUUGUCGCGGGGUAGCAUUUGAAAUCAAUCCUAAUAGAAGCAACCCCUUUGCAAUUGCAUCACCAACAAAGCAGGAACAAGUCAGAACUUGGCUUUGGCUUCCAUGGACUCGAACCGAUUCAUUCAGAGUUCUUCCUCAGCCUCAAACAAUCAGUCCAACACGGAGCAGAGGCAGCAGCCACUUCUGUGACAUUGACAUUGAUGCUAGUGAUGUUGAGGUAGAGUUCAUAGCUGAACUUCAAGACAUAGAAAAACCAGAUAAAGCUAAUGGUGCUAAGGUGCAGAAGCUACUUUCCAGAACUGAUCCACCAAAGAGGUCAAGGUUGUCCAUAAUUCUGCUAGAUCAAGGGUUCACAUUCUACAAAGGGUUGUUUAUGGUUUGCAUGGCCUUGAAUCUGGUGGCGCUGGCUCUUUCAGCAGCAGGGUAUUUCCCUUAUGCCAAGACAAGAGCUACACUGUUCUCUAUUGGGAACAUUCUAGCUCUAACACUGUGCAGAAGUGAAGCAGUUUUGAGAGUUGUUUUCUGGUUGGCUGUGAAAACCAUUGGGAGGCCUUGUGUUUCUCUUGCAAUCAAAACUGCCACCACUUCGUUUCUUCAAAGUGUUGGAGGAAUCCAUAGUGGUUGUGGGGUUUCUUCUAUAGCCUGGAUUGUUUAUUCCCUUGUUCUUACUUUGAAAAACAAGGACAAAACUUCCCCAGAGAUUAUUGGUGUUGCUUUCACCAUCUUCUCACUCAUUCUACUCUCUUCCCUAGCAGCUUUUCCUCUUGUCCGCCACCUUCAUCACAAUGUUUUUGAGAGAAUCCACCGUUUUGCUGGAUGGAUGGCUCUCGUUCUUCUCUGGGUUUUCGUUUUUCUCUCCACAAGCUACGAAUCUAGCUCACAAACCUAUGACUUGACCAUGUCUGAGGUGGUGAAGAUGCAAGAGUUUUGGUUCACUUCAGUUAUCACAAUUCUGAUCAUCAUUCCUUGGCUGAGUGUUAGAAAGGUGGAAGUUUGUGUAUCGGCUCCAUCGAGCCACGCCUCAAUCAUGAGGUUUGAAGGGGGUGUGAAAGCAGGUUUACUAGGGAGAGUGAGUCCUUCACCCUUGUCAGAAUGGCAUGCCUUUGGGAUCAUAUCUGAUGGAAAGAAAGAGCACAUGAUGCUUGCUGGAGCAGUUGGUGACUUUACCAAGUCCUUGGUUAGUGACCCACCAAAGCAUCUUUGGGUCCGAACCAUGCAUUUUGCAGGCUUGCCUUACCUAGUAAAUUUGUAUCAAAGGGUGUUGUUGGUUGCCACAGGGUCAGGGAUUUGUGUGUUCUUGUCAUUUCUUUUGCAGCCCAGUAAAACUGAUGAGAUAAGAGAAUUGGUGAACAAAUACCCGAAAGAGAAAGUUAUGGUUCAUGACACAGCAAUUUCUGGUCGUCCCAAUGUAGCUGAGAUGAGUGUGAAUGCUGCCGUUAGGUGGAAUGUUGAAGUUGUUAUUGUUACAAGCAACCCUGAAGGCAGUAGAGACGUCCUUAGGGCAUGCAAAAGGGCUAACAUCCCUGCCUUUGGCCCCAUUUGGGACUCUUGAAUGCCUCAAACACAUUGUGAAAGGCAAGUAUUCAUUAGUUCUCUGUUUGACU